AUGCCAGCACCCACAGACGAUUCAAAGCACACGGAUUUUUCUGAACGCGUGUCUGUACGCUUGCUUAUAUCGACAUAUCUUAUUUAUUUCAUACUGACGCUUGUUGCCCAUGUUAGGGAUCUUAUUGCCAAGCUUGUUUAUCCAAACGACUUUUCGCAUUUGAGAGUCAGCAAUGGGAUAGCGCCGCUUACAAGCGACUUUGAAUCCAUUUACAUACGAAGAAUCUACCAUCGCAUUAGAGACUGCUGGAACAGACCAAUCACAGGCGUUCCAAGCUCGAUGAUCAACAUCCUGAUUCGAAAAUCAAAGGAUUACAAUGAUACUUUUGAGUACACCGGAGAGAGCCGCUCAUGUAUCAAUUUGGCAUCCUACAACUACCUCGGGUUUUCGCAGCCUGAAGGGCCGUGCCAAUCGGCAGCGCUUAGUUCGCUGUCAAAAUACGGCGUUUCCAUAGGCGCCCCGAUUCUUGAUUUGGGAAAAUCUCCGCUUCUGCAAGAAUUGGAAGAAUCGGUCGCUAAAUUUCUUAGCGUUGAAGCGGCAAUGGUCUGCGCCAUGGGAUUUGCCACAAACUCCACAUCCUUGCCUGUGCUCGCCGAAGGGCCAGGAACGAUCAUCAUUUCGGAUGAACUCAAUCAUUCCUCUUUAAUAUUUGGGGCCCGCUUAUCUGGAUCUCUUAUCCGCGUCUUCCGCCAUAACGAUACCGCUGAUUUGGAGCGACUGUUGAGGGACGUCAUAGUUAAGGGACAGCCAAAGACAAGACGCCCGUGGAACAAAAUCAUCGUUGUCAUUGAGGGACUAUAUUCAAUGGAGGGGCAUUUUGCACCUCUCCCUGCAAUUGUGCAAUUGAAGGAAAAGUACAAAUUUUACUUGUUCCUGGACGAGGCCCAUUCGAUUGGCGCAGUCGGUCCGCAUGGAAGGGGAAUUUGUGACUGGUUCGGCGUUGACACCAAAAAAAUAGACAUUUUAAUGGGGACCUUUACCAAGAGCUUUGGAGCUUCCGGUGGCUACAUAGCUGGAAAAAAAGAGCUGGUUGACUAUCUCCGAGCAUUUGGACAUUCAUAUGCAUAUUGCGAACCGCUUGCACCUCCGGUUUGCCAGCAUAUUUUAAAGGCCCUUGCUUUGGUGGAUGGAAAAGAAGGCAAAGACCGCAUUUAUUCGCUUUUCAAAAAUUCAAAGUAUUUUAGGGAUGCGCUGAUAGCAUCUGGACUGGUUGUCGGAGGUGCAAUUGGUUCCCCUGUCGUCCCGAUGUUGAUAUUCCAGCCAACAACGAUGGCAGCAUUUUCGCGCCGUCUGCUCGAUAAAGGAGUUGCUGUGGUUGUGGUGGGAUAUCCGGCAACGCCAAUCAACCAGUGUCGAGCCAGAUUUUGUAUGACAAGCCAUCACUCCAAAGAGGAUCUCGACUUUGCACUUGAUGCCAUUCUUGACGUAGCCGAUGAAUUGGCAAUUGCGCGCAGCUCCUUUUCGCCUGCUACGUGA